UUUUCUUUGAAGACUGCUGCAGCCUCAAUUAUUUAAUUUUUAGGUGAUUUGUUCAUUUGUUGCGCACCAUGUCUGCUAUUCGACUGCUGUCCCGUAAGUGCCCUCAUACUCUCUUGAGGUGCAAUGUCAUCCCUGGCGUCAGUGUCUUGCAGAGCAGGAAGAGCUCCCAGUACUUUCCUAUUGAUGAGAAAAUCUUUGGACUCACUGAAGAGCAGCAACAGUUGCGGCAGACGGUGUUCAACUUUGUACAGAAGGAACUGGCGCCUAAGGCUGCUGAGAUCGAUAGAACAAACAACUUUCCUGAAUUGAGGGAAUUCUGGAAAAAGUUAGGAAGCCUAGGUACCUUAGGCAUUACAGCUUCAAGCGAAUAUGGAGGUUCUGAUGGCUCUUACCUGGACCACUGCAUCAUCAUGGAGGAAAUUUCUAGGGCGGCUGGAGGAAUAGCCUUGAGCUAUGGUGCUCAUUCAAACUUGUGUAUUAACCAGAUCAAUCGCAAUGGAACCCAUGAACAAAAGAGUAAAUACCUUCCAAAGCUGUGUUCUGGUGAGCACAUUGGUGCACUUGCUAUGUCAGAACCGGGAGCAGGGUCUGAUGUUGUUUCGAUGAAACUGAAGGCAGAAAAGAAAGGGGACUACUAUUUGCUAAACGGAAAUAAAUUCUGGAUCACUAAUGGCCCUGAUGCUGACACUCUUGUGGUUUAUGCAAGAACAAAUCCCAAUGCUUCCAAACCACAGCAUGGAAUUACAGCCUUCAUUGUUGAAAGAGGCACUGAGGGAUUCAGCACAGCCCAAAAGUUGGAUAAGUUGGGAAUUCGUGGCUCAAGUACUGGCGAGCUCAUUUUUGAAAACUGCAAAGUCCCUGCAAAAAAUAUAUUGGGAGAAGAGAACAAGGGCAUCUAUGUGUUGUUCAGUGGAUUGGACUUGGAGCGUUUGGUGUUGGCCGCUGGCCCAGUGGGCCUGAUGCAGGCAAGCUGUGAUACGGCCUUUGAGUAUGUUCACCAGCGCAAGCAGUUUGGUCAGCGCAUCGGCGAGUUCCAGUUGAUGCAAGCCAAGAUUGCCGACAUGUUCACCUCCCUGUCGGUUUCGAGGUCCUACAUGUACAAUGUGGCCAGGGCUUGCGACGGGGGUAGCGUCAGCCGACGUGACUGCGCCUCCGUCAUUCUCUUCUGUGCCGAACAAGCCACUCAGGUUGCGCUCCAAGCCAUCCAGUGUCUUGGUGGAAAUGGCUACAUAAAUGACUACCCAACUGGGAGGUACUUGCGGGAUGCCAAAUUGUAUGAAAUUGGAGCUGGAACAAGUGAGGUGCGUCGCUUAGUCAUUGGCCGCUCUCUCAACGAGUUGUACAAAUGAAAAAGUGCCUGAUAUUUCUUGCCUGAAAUCGCUAAGGUAGAGAGUUAUUGGAGUGACGAAGUAAUCCGACAAUACUGAAAAUGAAUUCUGUGAUCCAAUCUGCCAUAUUAUCGAUAUUAUCAUACUCCUACACUCUAUUUUACUCUCAGGAUCACUAUAAUAAAUCAAGAGUAAAGAGCUUUGCUCAAAAACACUAUAAUAGAAAAAAUAUAUUUUUUAAAAUGGCGUUAUACAAAAAUAUUUUUAAAAU